UUGGUUAGCUCAGUGCAGUCCUGGGGUUUUUCUGUCAUGCACAACAUGCAUGUACCAGUAGCUUGGGUUUUUUAAAUCCCACAUAGUUUGUCUUGGGUACUUGCUGUGCAGUUCCUUGCUGAUUAUUUCUCAAGUUGAAGAGUGUAUUUCCAGUGAUCAUUUAGAUCCAAGAGCGACUUGUGUGGACUUCAUUUGUGAACUGUGUAGUACAAGUAUCUUUAACAGAAUGAAGAUAGCUGUGAUAGGUCAGAGCCAGUUUGGUGAGGAGGUUUAUAAGCUGAUCAGACAGAAUGGUCAUGAGGUCGUUGGAGUGUUCACAAUACCUGAUGUCAAUGGAAAGGCAGAUCAACUUGCCUCCACUGCAGAGAAGGAUGGCAUCCCGGUAUUCAAAUUCCCAAGGUGGCGAGUUAAGGGAAAGGCUAUCCCAGAAGUCCUUCAGGCAUAUGAGCAGACCAAGCCAGACCUGAAUGUGAUGCCCUUCUGUUCUCAAUUCAUCCCAUCGGAGGUAACAGAUCACCCUAAGCAUGGAUCCAUCGUGUAUCAUCCUUCUAUCUUACCAAGGCAUAGAGGAGCCUCUGCCAUCAACUGGACUUUGAUGUGUGGUGAUAAAUAUGGUGGUUUCUCAAUCUUCUAUGCUGACGAUGGUCUGGAUACAGGUCCUAUUCUCUUACAGAGAGAGGUGUAUGUUGACAUUAAUGAUACACUAGAUACAUUGUACAACCGUUUCCUGUAUCCAGAGGGUAUUGUAGCUAUGGGGGAGGCAGUAGAGAUGAUUGCUAAUGGAACAGCCCCUAAGAUCGUCCAGCCUGAGGAAGGAGCAACAUACGACCCCAUCUGGAAGAAGAAGGAAGUUGCACAGAUUAACUGGGAUCAGUCUGGUGAGAUGCUUCAUAACUUCAUCCGAGGUAAUGACAUGAUUCCUGGUGCUUGGGCAGUCAUCGAUGGACAGAAAGUGUCCAUGUUUGGGUCCAGGCUGAUCAAGGGUUCAAGACCAAAGGGUACAGAGGUCACUAUCCCAGGGUCCACCUACCCUGCCAUAGUCACCAAGGAUGGAAUGGUAUUCUCUGGUAACGAUGGACAAAUGCUGAAAGUGAAGACCCUACAGUUUGAAGAUGGACGUAUGAUCCAGGCACAAAAGUAUGGAAUGUCUGGUGAUGCUGAGGAGAAGAUUGAAAUGACACCAGAGGAAGAAGGUUUUGCUGCAAAUAUCAAGGGUAUUUGGAGUGGUAUUCUCUCUACUACUAAGAUUAAUGGAGAUUCUGACUUCUUCAAAAUGGGUGGUGGCUCAAUGGACGUUGCCAGGUUGGUAGAAGAGGUCAAGCAGAAAUGCAAUGGUAUUGCAUUGUCCAAUGAGGAGGUUUAUAUGGCCACAACCUUCGAUGCAUUCGUACAAAAGGUUGUUAAGAAAGGACGUGGGCUGGAUGACUUUGUCUUUGAGUAUGACGCUGUGAAGCUGCACAUCAAUGACAUGGACAUUGAGUUCCCCAACCAGAUCUUCAUCAAUAAUGACUUUAUGGAUUCAGAAGAUGGCAAGACUUUUGACACAAUCAACCCAGCUGACGAGAGUGUCAUCUGUAAAGUAUCCAAGGGAACAAAAGCUGAUGUGGACACUGCUGUUGCGGCUGCCAAGGAAGCAUUUGAGGAGGGAGAGUGGGGCAAGAUGAAUGCUAGAGACAGAGGUACACUCAUGUUCAAGCUUGCUGAUCUAAUGGAAGAACACAAGGAAGAGCUUGCAACAUUAGAGAGUAUUGAUUCUGGUGCAGUCUACACACUAGCCAUUAAAACACAUAUUGGUAUGUCCAUUGAUACCUUCAAGUACUUUGCAGGAUGGUGCGACAAGAUUCAUGGUAUGACAAUUCCAAUCAAUAACGCCAGACCAAACAAGAACUUGACUUUCACAAAGAGAGAACCAAUCGGUGUGUGUGGUUUAGUUGUCCCAUGGAACUAUCCGUUGAUGAUGUUGGCCUGGAAGAUGGCUUCUUGCCUGGCUGCUGGAAACACUGUGGUCCUCAAGCCAGCCCAGGUUACACCCCUCACUGCUCUCAAGUUUGCUGAACUUGUUGUCAAAGCUGGCUUCCCACCAGGCGUUAUCAACAUUGUCCCUGGAUCAGGUUCCGUGGUUGGGCAGAGAAUGGCAGACCAUCCUGACAUUCGUAAGCUUGGAUUUACCGGCUCUACACCCAUUGGACAGACCAUUAUGAAGAGUUGUGCUGAGAGUAACCUGAAGAAAUGCUCUCUUGAGCUUGGUGGUAAAUCCCCAUUGGUCAUCUUUGCUGAUUGCAACAUGGAUACAGCAGUCAAACAGGCUCUUGGAGCUGUUUUCUUCAACAAGGGAGAGAAUUGUAUUGCAGCUGGACGUCUCUACGUAGAGGAUAAGAUCCAUGAUGAAUUCAUUGCUAGAGUGGUAGAGGAUGUCAAGAAGAUGAAGAUUGGUGACCCGUUGGAUCGAUCCGUCUCUCAUGGACCUCAGAAUCAUCGAUCUCAUCUUGAGAAACUUCUUGAAUAUUGUGAAGUUGGCAAGAAGGAAGGUGCAACAUUGGUGUAUGGAGGCAAGCAGGUAGACAGACCAGGUUUGUUCAUGGAGCCCACAGUAUUCACCGAUGUCAAGGAUGACAUGAUGAUGGCACAAGAGGAAUCGUUUGGACCAGUCAUGAUUGUCAGCAAAUUCAAUGCAAUGGACAUUGACGGUAUGUUGAGAAGUGCUAAUGCAACUGAGUAUGGUCUAGCAUCGGGUGUAUUCACCAAUGACAUCAGUAAGGCUUUAUACUGCAGUGACAAACUCAAUGCUGGUACAGUCUUUGUUAAUACUUAUAACAAGACUGAUGUUGCUGCUCCAUUCGGUGGAUUCAAACAAUCUGGAUUCGGCAAAGAUUUGGGAAUGGAGGCCAUGAAUGAAUACCUGAAGACCAAGACAGUGACAGUGGAGUAUUGAGAUGCCAACUAGUCAUCAAUUGUAUAGAUACAAACAAAUACAUACAGACCUACAACCAAUCUCACAAACCUGCUUAGCUGGAAACAGAUAUGCUAAGCAGAGUGAUUGCCAAGCACAUUCAAUGAUUUGAUUUGUAAGCUGCUUCUGUCCGGUCGACUGGCUUGCUUAGCGAUUUGAUGAAAUUGGCCAUGUACAUUAUCUGGAUUUACACAGCUUAAACUCUGCAACUGUACCUUGUUUAAAUUGCUUACUAAGCUGCGCAAGCAAAACAACAAACAUAAAAUCUAACAUUUGUUAGGGUUAGUAGUUACAUUAAUUGUACAUUUGAUAACAAAUCAGUGAUUGCCUUAACUGAUAGCAGUGAAUCUGCCAAAGCCGUGCCCAAGCUGCUCCCACAUAAAACAAGAGCAAAGACAGAGUCGGAUAUUUGUCAUGUUUAUAAUGAAAUAGGUUAAUGGUGUUUGCAUCCUCAAGAUUCUGUUUUUGUGUUCAUUUAAACCUGCUUUCAUAAACACCCCAGACAGUUAUUCAGUUUGUUAAAAUCACAUGAUCAUAUGUUCCAGUCUUAAACUAUAUAUUUUUUCUUUUUAAAGCAUGUGUUUUUUUUGUGUGGGAGUAGUUACCUAACAUAAUGACCUUAAUAUACAUAAUGAUAAAUUAACAAUCGGUGUAGUAGACAUACAAGCAAGAUGUCAGGUUUUUUUUUACAUUAGCCCCUUUUCACACUAAACCAAUUUCUUUGGAAAUUCCAGGGACAAUUUUUGUCAGCCUUUACACACAUAAAUUGGUAAAAUUGUUCCCCUUUUUUCUUCUAUUUUACUCAAAUUAAUUUUUCCGAUAUGGCUACCUGAAAUUAUUUUAUAAUAAAUAAUUAGAAAAGUAGUUACGUGAUUAAUUGGCAGCAUUUUUAAUGUGCUUCUAGCGAUGCUAAAAGAAAAUGCAAACAUUAAACAAAAUGUUAAUUGUUUUGAAAUUGCAUAAAAUUAUGGUUUUUGAUUACACAGAGAUGCAGUGUAUUUUUGUUUUGCCAGAUGCUAUUCUUCUAAUAUGUUUUAAGAUUAUUUUUAAUAAAUUGUAUAGACAGUUUACUUGUCUUUAAAUAAUCAAACCAUUUGUCCACCGAUACAAUUUUGUUUCAUUUCCAGAAUUGACAUUUGCAUAUUUCAUCGACUGUUUUCAAAUUUCACAGGUCUUAAAACAAAUAGCUCCAACUUGAAGCCUGUUUUGUUUUACUCUGUUUUCCCAUAAGGGAUAAUGCCCUUGUUGUGAUAGUAACCAUUUCUUGUCAAAACUGUGAUGCUCUGCAAAAGAAAAGAAAACCUGGCCUUUGGUUUAAAUUGGUGGCCAAGUAGUCCGAUGCAUCGGACUCAAAUUCUACUUUUUAUUUCUGGUUUCUUAACCUUGGUGUGUAAAUUAAUGGUUACCUGUUCAGACUGAUGAGACAGUAUUGUGUUGAAUUAACCCCCUUACUACUAGCUUUGGGUAAUAUGCGCUCCCCGGCUAGGUCGGAAAGUUUGAGGAAUAGACUUAGCAUGCUUCAUGAUCAGUGAUAAUGUUAUACACAGGUACAAGGAUAUGAGAACUAUAUAAGAAUACGUUAUUAUUAUUGAUAAAGGGAUAGACAUACACAAUCUCUUACACAAUUUCAUCAUUUUGACUCAAGUUAUUUUAAACUUACUACAAAACGAGACUACAGGCCCAUGCGGUUUGGGCUGCAGUUCUUUUAGUUUGAGUUUUUUUUUAAGUAAGAUUACAAAAUACACUACUAAUAUAAUAUGACAUAUUAUAACAGUGUUUAUGUGUCGUAUUAAUAUAUGGAUUAUCAGUCUCCCUUCUAAAAUGUAGUUACUUUGGUUUACUAAUUGGGCUUGGUCUCUCAGCUGUGUUUGUAAAGUUACCCAUUUUUACUUCCAGGGUCACCCAUUCAAAAUGUACUUUAUUAUUCAUGUGAAACGGAAUCACUAUGUCAAUCAAAAGUUAUCUUCCCCUUGCAUCCACAAAUGCAUUCACGUUUCAAAUUGUUUGGAUUUGUUAACAUAAAUGAGUUUGAAAGUUAGCAUUUUAUUUCUUUGAACGUUGUCAUUGUUUGACUCGCCCACUCACUGGCACUGUCCUAUCACGAUCGUCAACAAGUUUGUUUCAUUGUAAAAUCAUGCUUAUAUGGGAAAAACAAGGUAUUGUUAUUGUCUAGUUACACACUGAAGGAAGUUCCAAUCCGGUGAUGGAUAAAUAUUGCAUGAGUUGAAUACCAUUGUUCUAACACCAAUAAUAAUGACACCCAGUCAACAGGUGUAAUGCAGUAUAUUGAUAACCUUCGUUCUUAUUUGUGUUGGUAGUCCAGUGUCGCACUGACUACAGGGCGAGUCAACAGGAAGUUAACCGGGAUUGGGGAUGCUUUUUAAAACAACAAAAUGACACUCAACAAUUUAGUUUAAAAAGCACUCUCUUUUGCUUAUUUUGUUAUACAAAAGAAUGGAAGAAUUUGAUCAUUCCUAAGAAGAAUAGUGUCUAUUAUAUAAAGGUACUAAUUUUGCAAGCUGUCGGAACACUUGACAAAACAAAUGAAUGGCUUUUUCACCCUUUGCUACUUACUACAAACAUUAGUGCUGUCAGUAAAACAGGUAUAACUUCUCCUAGCAUCGUCAAUUUGUUUUCUUCUUCUUCAGAAGAGCAGGAAAGGAUGCUUGUUCAUAUUUUUAUGUGCUUCACUAGGGUUUGGCUGUCAGUUGUUGUUUGUAUAAUAAGUAGUAAAUCUCGGCCAACUUCUUUAUGACUCGCCCUGCACAUUGCGGGACAAGAAAAUAAGAAUACCGUGUAAUAUUUUACUCAGUUGCUUCGUCCACCAAAAGGUUGAAAUAGUUCAUUGCAUGGUAUAUAGCCAUUCCAUUAACUUGCAUGAUUAAUAUCAUUUUCUUUGUUUAAAGUAAAGUUUGGCAAAACGAGUAUCAAAGAUAUCAUCUUUAAAAUUAUUAGCAUCAUGAAAUGUAUGAGUAAUAAUUAUGUUUACAUUAAAAUCAAACAUAAGAAUGGAAA